AUGUCGAAUCACGGCGAGACAACGCCCGGCGGGAACCAACCCCCCGAUCCUAGAUCAGGGAUAGGCAAUAACCCUCCCGUCGACAACACGCCGGUCGGGAACGCCUCCCAGGACAGAGCAAUCAUCAUAACAGACGGAGAGUCGGGCGUUAUGAGACGCCCCAUCUCCGGCUCGCCGCCGGUAUUCAUAAGCAACGAGGAGUUACUCAAGGAGCUGCACUACUUGAGAAACGAAGCGAGAGAACAGCAAGCUCUCAGAGAGCGAGUUGCCCAACUGGAGUCCCUUGUUCCCGGAACACAUCGUUCCGGGAAGCAGCCCUUUGAAGAGGAAAGUCAGUCAGGCCAUCGCGAUGAUAGAAGGCCUGUGAUUGUUCCACGAAACUUAUUCGCGUCAGGCGGCCAGACUACUGCCGGAGGAGAGGGCGCCAGGGACGGAGGAAGACCCCCGCAAGAUAGACGAUCAACCGCACAUCUGGAGGAAGCCAGUCGAGAUGUUAACGCUCUGGCGGAAAGAUACAGAGGAAGAGUCAGUAGGGCGGAUCUUUUGGCCCUGAUCAAAGAUCUUGAAAGCAGACCUGAAUAUGCGAGUACCGGAUCAAGAACGGCAGGCACGGGACGAGAAGGACAUAGGAAGGAGAUUCCGCAUGGAUCAGACUCAAGAAGCUAUGACCGAUCGCAAGAACAAGAACCCCGUGGUUUAGGAGGAAGAUCGGAGCGAGACCCGAUUGUGCUUGAAGGACGGCAGAGUCAGGGAGGAACGCGCGAGCAUGCGACGUCUCCGGGCAACGGAAAGACUCAUCAUCAGGCAAAUCUUGAUCAGACCAUUGCCGAUCCGCACAUUCAAGCCUCGUCUCAGGCCAAUGCUCAUGCCAAUCCGCAUAUUCAAGCCUCAUCCCAGGCCAAUGCGCCCCCAUCUGCUCAGACUCACGCUAAUCAAUCCAAUCUUCUCGCCACGGCAAAUGACCUCAUGGCUACCGGAACACUACCAUCAAUGACUCUGUCACAGCCAAACGUUCAGACCAUUCCAGGCAUCGGAGCCAUUGAUGUCAACAGCCUGAGAAAGCUUUUGGCACAUUUCGACGGAAGCCAAGCGUCUCUUUCAAGCCAAGCCCUAUCACCAUUCUCUGCUGAAGUGAUAGAGGCUCCGCUGCCAGCCAAUUACAGAAACACCACCUCCGAUUUAAAGUUUCAUGGCAACUCAGAUGCUGUAGAGUUUCUUGGAAGGUUCAAUGUUGAGAUGGGUGUCUACCAGAUACCGGAUCCUGUCAGGUGUAGACUUCUUGCGGCCACAUUCAGAGAUAGUGCCUACCAAUGGUUCCGGAAGUUGGAACCAGCAUCCAUCACUACUUGGACAAGCAUGCAGACUAUGUUCUUGACUCAGUUCCAGGCAACCGUCAAGUAUGCUCCACCGGUCACCACUCUGGCAAAUAUCAAACAAAAGGAAGGAGAGACUCUUCAUGCCUACUUCAAACGCUUCAAUGCAGAGUCAUCCAAUGUUCGGGGGGCAACUGAUGAGACACUGAAAAGCUUCUUGGUGGCUGGGCUUCGAGUAGGAACUGAUUUUUGGAAGCACUUGCAAGGCAAUGAUCCCAAGUCUCUGGCAGAUUUAUAUGCAAGGGCUGAGGCAUACAAAAAUGUUGAACAGUCACUGGCUGAGAGUCGAAAGAAUGAGAGAAGCCCUGGUAAGGCUCGACAAAAGAGAAGGGACCGGUCCCCAAGUCCAGAACAAAGGGGGAGGCGACGAAGUCCCAACCGGGUCAACACCAUGUAUAGAAGGAACUACACACCUCCUCGAGAUCAUGAAGAAAGGGAAGAUCGCUGGACACCGCUUGCCGCGCCAAUUGAUCACAUCUUCGAAGUUAAUCGUGACAAGGGACUCUUCCGCAGGCUAGCUCCACUAAAUUCUUGGCAAGCCAAGAAUAAGGACAAGUACUUACGAGAAGCCCGGUCCCGACGAGAUAUUCGAGCCAAGGACAGAAGGGGGCUUGGCUAUACUGGCGAUCAAGAAAGGGGAAAGCAAGAGGACAUCCAAUUCGUUAAGGAGGGAAGCAUUCAUGUCAUCUUUGGAGGGCCACAUUUGGCCGGUGAAGGGACCAGGGCUAUGGAGAGAUAUGCAAAGGAAGCAAAAGGUAGGCCCCUUACUAAUAUUCAUAAUUUGUCAUCUAGACCGCCUAAGGUCUUUAGAGGCGAAGCCAUUGACAUUACCUUUUCAGAAGAAGAUGCCAGAUGGGUUCACCACCCGCACAAUGAUGCCCUGGUGAUCGCCCUUCGUAUUGGUCCAAUGAAUGUUCAUCGUGUGCUCGUUGAUAACGGAAGCUCUGUCAACAUUCUUUAUUAUGGCACUUACCAGAAGCUUGGCCUCCCUGAUAAGGAUAUGAAAGUUGAGGAUGUCUAUAUUUAUGGGUUUGGUGGAGAGGCUGUAAAGGUAAAAGGAACAAUCCGGCUCCCGGUAACUCUAGGAGAAGGAACAUGCUCAGCCACUCAGGUUAUGGAUUUUAUGGUUGUGGAUCACGACUCAUCACACAAUGCCAUUAUUGGGCGACCGUUACUGAAAGAAAUGAGAGUGGUCACAUCAAUAUAUCAUUUGUCUAUGAAAUUCCCAACACCUGGGGGGAUUGGAGUUGUAAGGGGGUGCCAGUAUGACUCCAGAGAGUGUUACCUGCAAUCUCUUAAGGGUUUCAAGAAGAGUAGAGCACUGAAAGAACCCCUUGUUGCCAACACUGGUGGGGAGGUCAAUAUGACUUACUUCGUCCAAUUUCCUGAGGAAGGAGAUAAUCUCGAACAAUCAAAAGGGAAAGAACCAAUGGAUGUAGAUUCAGAUGCAGAGCUUAAGCCCUGCUCUAUAUGGGAAAAAGGGGAGACGUCUGGAACAAAAGACGAGUCUGAUCUAGACCCAAGGCUGCCCCUAGAGUCAACCAAGACCGGUCCAGCUGAGGAUACUGUUGAAAUCCAGGUUGGGGAAGCCAAGGAGGCCAAAAUAUUAAAGAUAGGGUCUAAGUUGAAAGGGGAGUUGAAGGCAAGCCUUAUCCGUUUCUUGAGAAGCAACUUGGAUGUUUUUGCUUGGUGUCAUGCCGAUAUGGUAGGAAUCGACCCAGAAGUAAUGAGCCACCAUUUAAAUAUCGACCCUACCAAGAAAGGGAUGAGACAGAAGAGAAGGCCUGUUAGUGGAGAAAGGGCCCAAGCACUAAAGGAAGAGGUUGACCGGUUGUUGGGUGCUAAGCUGAUCAAGGAGUCGUUCUAUCCUACAUGGCUGGCUAACCCGGUCCUUGUCAAGAAGCCUAAUGGGAAGUGGAGAACCUGUGUUGACUUCACAGAUCUGAACAAAGCAUGCCCAAAGGAUAGUUUCCCACUCCCAAGGAUAGACCAGUUGGUGGAUGCCACAGCUGGACAUGCCUUGCUGAGUUUUAUGGAUGCCUAUUCAGGAUACAAUCAGAUCCCCAUGCAUGAGCCAGAUCAAGAACAUACCUCAUUUAUAACAGACAGGGGGUUGUAUUGCUAUAUAGGAAUGCCAUUCGGGCUAAUCAAUGCUGGCGCAACUUACCAACGCCUUGUGAACAUGAUGUUUAAAGACCAGAUUGGUAAGACUAUGGAGGUUUAUGUAGAUGACAUGCUGGUUAAGUCCAAGGAGGCGCAAGAUCACAUUCGGCACUUGUCUGAAAUGUUUGACAUACUUAGGAAGUAUCGAAUGAAGUUGAAUCCCCAGAAGUGUGUAUUUGGAGUUGAGUCUGGUAAAUUCUUGGGGUUCAUGGUAAAUCACCGAGGGAUCGAAGCUAAUCCUGCAAAAAUCAAGGCAUUACUUGAUAUGAAGUCCCCUCAGAAUGUGAGGCAGGUUCAGAGCCUUACAGGAAGGAUAGCGGCAUUAAAUAGAUUUGUGUCUAAGUCCUCAGACAGAUGCAAGGAGUUCUUUAAGGCUAUCAAGGAGGCUGGGAAAACGUUUGUAUGGACGGAUGAAUGUGAAGAGGCCUUCCAAAAGAUAAAGGAACAAUUGGGAAAGCCACCUCUCUUGGCCAAGCCGGUAGAAGGGGAAACAUUGGUCUUAUACCUGGCUGUUUCAAGACACUCGGUCAGCGCCGUUCUUGUAAAGGAGGAGAAGGAUGUCCAAUUCCCGGUGUAUUAUGUUAGUAAAAGGCUAUUGGAUGCUGAGACAAGAUACACUAACAUGGAAAAGUUGGUAUACUCUUUGGUCUUAGCAGCAAGGAAACUUCGUCCAUACUUUCAGGCACAUAAGAUUGAGGUGAGAACUUCAUACCCUCUCCGUCAGAUUAUGCAUAAGCCAGAAGCAACGGGAAGAUUGAUGAAGUGGGCAGUAGAGCUAGGACAGUUUGAUUUGGAGUAUAAGCCUAGGGCUACUGUCAAGGGUCAAGCUCUGGCUGAUUUCUUGCUAGAAUUUGAAGAUGAUAGCCAAGAAUGGGCAAUAGUGCCAUAUAGUCCUAACGUUGAGCCCAUUGACGGUCUUUUGGUGGAGGAUGACACAUGGUGGAACUUGCAUGUCGAUGGAGCUGUCAACUCUGACGGAGCUGGAGUGGGUAUAGUUUUGGUUAGUCCCGGGGGGUGUCGAUUGUUAAGUGCCAUUCACCUAGGGUUCCCUGCAACUAAUAAUGAUGCGGAAUAUGAAGCUUUAAUCAAUGGUCUGUCCCUAGCCAUAGAGAUGAAGGCCAAGAACCUUAUCGUGUAUAGUGAUUCAAUGUUGGUGGUUCACCAGGUAAAUGGGGGGUUCUUAGCUCGAGGAUGGAGGACGAAUUUAUACAUGACCCAUACACAAGAGUUAAUGAAGAGGUUCAAAGAGGUACAUUUGGAAAAGGUUCCUCGCGAGAAAAAUGAAGGUGCUGAUGCAUUAGCCAAGGCCAGUUCUAGAAGGGACACCAAGUUAUUAGGAACUAUCCAAUUCUGUGUUCAGGAGAAGCCCAGUGUGUCAGAAGCACAGAAGGUCACCCGGUUCAGAGAAGAUCUGAUGGAGGUGGAGGAUGGAGUUGUGGAUACUUGGAUGACCCCUAUACUUAAGUUCAUCCAGGAGGGUCAGCUCCCGGAAAGUGUAAAGGAAGCCAGAAGUCUCAGAUACAAAGCAGCUAGAUUUGUAAUAUAUGACGGUGUCUUGUACAAGAGAGGGUUCAACCAGCCGCUGCUGAAGUGCAUUGCAGGGGAAGAGUGCAAUUAUAUCUUAAGAGAAGUGCACGAAGGAAUAUGCGGCAAUCACUCGGGGGGUAGUUCACUUGCACUGAAGAUCCUUAGGCAAGGAUACUACUGGCCAACUAUGAGGAGUGAAGCAAGCAAGUUCGUGCAAGCGUGUGACAAGUGCCAGCGAUUUGCCACAUAUUCAUCUCGUCCUGCAGCAAGUCUGACUCCGUUACUCAGCCCAUGGCCAUUCGCUUUGUGGGGGAUAGAUCUCAUUGGAGAGCUUCCAAAAGCCAAAGGAGGAGUCAGAGAAUUGAAGAAGUUAUGUGAUGACUUGAAUAUAAGGAGGAACUUUGCAGCUGUGUAUCAUCCACAAAGCAAUGGACAGACUGAAGCAAUCAACAAGAUCAUCAAACACACGCUGAAGGCCAAGUUGGAAGAAAAGAAAGGUGAUUGGCCGGAGGAGCUUCCAAUGGUACUAUGGUCAUACAAUACUACGCCAAGGACGACUACUGGGGAGUCACCGUUUAUGUUAACCUAUGGCUGUGAAGCAAUGGUUCCAGUAGAGGUCGGAGCAGGUUCCUUCAGGAGAGACCACUUCCAGGAAGAGGACAAUGUUGUUAAUCAGAGGCUACAUCUAGAUAUGUUGGAGGAAGUCAGAAGGGAGUCGCAAGUUAGGUUGGCAGCAUACCAACAAAGGACAGCCCGGUUCUACAACAGUCGAGUCAAGCCUAGACCAUUUAAAGUGGGAGACUUAGUGUUACGCAAGAUGAUGCCAGGGAUGAAAGUGCCAGGUCACGGAGUAUUCGGGGCAAAUUGGGAAGGACCCUACCGCAUUCGGGCUGAGAUCUUUGGAGGAGCAUACUACUUGGAAGACAUGCAGGGUGAGCCCAUCUCCAAGGCAUGGAAUGUUGAGCAUUUGAAGAAGUAUUACCAAUAA